AUGUUCGGCAUGAAUUACACUGAUCCUCCUGAUCCGGCUAACAAAAAAUUGUACGAAGAUGAAUUGGAAGCUGAUGUUGGAGCUAGACGAAGAGGAAGAAGAGCGGUACACAAGGAAUUUUCACCAUACUCUGUGAUUAAACCUUUACGAUUGAAAGACAAAAUGGAAGCUAAUGCUAAUCGGUUACGGGAAGAAAAGAAAUAUUUGAAUUCGAAAUCAAUUGCUGAUGAAUUUAUCAAAUCGGAAUUGGAUGCAUUGGAUAAGGUGAUUGCUGAUGAGAAAAAAGUGGAAGAAGAAAACGGAUUUGUGUUGCUUCAAGUCACUUCAGAUAUGAUUAAGGGAUUCAAUUCUUCUAAGAAUUCGGGGGUUGGGUUGUCUUCUUCGUCUCCUGUUACUCAAACGAACACUGGAACCGUAAUUGGAACAAAUAGUGACAAGGGUAUUUUGGAUAUGAAAGACUCAAUGAAUGAGAAUGGGAAUUUGGAAAUUGAUUAUGGUAAUAAUAUGAAGAAGGAACAGGGAGCUAAUUUCUUGAACAUGGAUUUUUCGAAACCUGUUAUAUCCCCUGCAGCUAAGUUGGUUAGUGAUUACAAAAAAAAAUCUUAUCCUCGUAUGGUUGAAUCAACAAAUACUGUGGUGGAUCUUAAUAUCAAAGUAAUUCCAAAAGUUGAUGGGAAGCCUAAUGGGAAAGUUGAGUUGCCUUAUGCAGAUUUAAUGUUGGGUGGAUUCUUUUUCUUUAAGUUUGAUUCAAAGGAAGGCAUGAUGAGUGUGCUGGAGGGAGGUCCAUGGCUGAUUAAUAAUGUACCUAUGUUCGUUCAAAGAUGGAGGCCUGGUCUUGUGCUGAGUAAACCGCAAAUGAAUUCUGUCCCUGUGUGGGUAAAAGUAUUUAAUGUUCAUUUGGAAUAUUGGAACAGCAAGGGAAUAACUUUGAUUGCUAAUGAAAUUGGGAAACCAAUUGCUAUGGAUAAAAUAACGCAGAAAAUGUGUAAUGAACAUUGGGGAAGGCCAGCUUUUAUGAGGUUUCUUGUGGAAAUAUCAGCAGAAUUUGAAUGGAUGAAGGAACUAAGUGUAGUCUCAAUUGACUUUGGGACAGGAGAAAAAGUUGAAUCAAAAUGCAAGAUAGAGUAUGCGUGGAGGCAUGAUAUUUGUAAUCACUGCAAAGUUUAUGGGCAUAAGAAUAGUAAUUGUGGGAUUUUAAAUAGCAUGAAAAAUGAUAAUGUUGCUGAUGAGACUGUUAAUUCUGGAAAAAAUGGGAAAAAAGAGCAAGUUGAUGAUGAUGGUUUUAUCUUAGUCACAAAGAAAAACAAUAAAGGACAGAAGGUUAGUCCAGGUGUGGUUAUUAAUGAAAAUGGCAAAGUUGAUUUGAUUAAGUCCUUGGAGAAAAGUACAAUCCCUGUUAGUGAAGGAGUUAAUAUUGGCAGCAAUGAAGGAAGUUCAAAAGAGAUGGGUGAUCAAGGAAAAAAUAAAAACAAACAAAUUGAAGAACAAGAAAAUCAAAAGGGAGCUCAAAAAGAAGAUCGAAUCAGUAAAGGGGUUGAAAAUCGGAAUAAUGGGGGGGUGUUUAUCCCAAAAGAAAAGUUGGGGACAAGAGUGAAGAAUGUAAUUGAAAAUUUUAAUGCUAGAAAAGAAGGAAUGCAAGGGAAAAAAGAAGAAAAUCAGAAAAAGGUGUAUGUUCCUAAGAAGCAAGUGGAUUUUAAAGUUAGUUCUAACUUUGAUAAUAUAGGUUCUACUUCUGGAAAAGAUGAUCAAGAUGAGAUAAUAUCACAAAACCCUUUUGAUGUUCUUGCUGAUUUGGGAUUAAGGGAUAUGUCUUAUUUAGAUGAAAUUGACCAGGAGAUUUUAACUGGUGGUGGCCAGGAGACAGUCACUGAAAAAAUAACUGUUGUUCAAUGA